UUCUAUUCAUUACAAUUGCACCUGUACCUCCUACACUCUGUCCUUUGUGUCAUGGGAUACGGUUUCGGUUACGGUUUCAGUGGCGGUAGCUGCGGCGGCUACGGAGGCCGGGGAAGACCUGGAUACAGCUACUCGGCCAUCACGCCAUCAGGCAGCUCGGAACCUGACAGUCGGCAUUCGAGGGGCCAGACGAGGUCCAAUACAUCUCGACGCACUUCGGACAGUUGUGAUCGACACGCGCCUCAGCAGCGGCACCGCGCCGACACUGGAGGGACGACCUACGAAAGCCUGCCAUCUGGAUUGACCGCGCCCCGGGACAUAAUUCCAUGCAACCUCCCGUGCUCGAAUGAAAGACGAGAAGAAUGUCACGUAAGGUUGCCGUCAACUUUCCAGAACUUAGGUCCACAGCAUUACUCCCAGGGACCCUCAAAGACAGCCUCGAAUGCGCCCUCGAAUGUACAUUUUGCUCCCACUGGCAAGAAAGCGCCCCCGAGAGUCAGCACCGACAGACCACCGGUGGAGAGAAAACAGUACCAUCGACAAAGUCAUGAAAGUAUUCGAUCCGUUCGAUCCAAGGUGCCGCCACGGCCUCAAGUAUCCCGGCCGAGCUCCAUAGCCCCAGCGCAGAGGUCGGUACCGGCCAGGAGCGAGUCUAAGUCGAAGGGUGGACGCGGCUUGUGGGGAUGUUUCGGUGGAUAGGCAUGUCUCAAGCUAUGAAACCGCGGCGGAAAUUAUGAUCCUGAUGGACAGAUUGUUGGAUUGCCGACGGAAGUCUUGUGAGUGCUGAGGGAAGUUGCGUGUUAUUGCGGAUUGGGUGCAGAACCACUGGCUUUGACUACGACUGUUGCACUUUAUGGACGAAGCAAAGACCUCGGC